CUGAGUGUUCAAAUGUCAAAGCCCACAAAUAAUUAAAAGUCAUUGUGAAAAUUUAAGAAAAAAUUCAGCGAAAAUGUCCCUUUCAAAAUACGCAGAUUCUGAUCUUCCCCUGAACAAAAUUGGAUGUGGCCAAAGAUACAAAGGGCAUUGAAAAUAUGCUCUUGUCGGAGGGCUUCGCGGACUGUGAGCCUGGAGUUGUGGAGAAGCUGCAGAUGCAGGGAUACGAUAUGACCAAGGAACAUUUGUCGAAGGUCAGGGCGAGUGAGGAUAUAGCAAAGGCCGUCGGCAAUAUUGAACCGACUCCGUUUGCGUCUGCGUCUGCGACUCUAAAAUGCAUGUACCCGGAGUUUAAUAACCAAGAUGCAGAGUGGGACAUGGAUAUUGAUAUGAAUACUUCAAUUCCGGAAACAAGCACUUCGGCCAUGAGUCCUGAAGAAAGCCUGGACUCCCCGGUUGAGUUUUUGACUUUUAACGCCGUUACUGGAAAGUACGAAAUCCAGCAAGAGCCGUCUAUAAAUCUUGGGUACAUCGAUGAAGAAUUUCCGUCAAAUGUGGAUAAUUCAGCUCCUGCCCCAAGCACUUCGGCCACUGUUGACAUUGUUGACUCUUCGACUGCAAACGGAGAAGAGAUUUUGACUGUUGAACGCCUUAAUUUGUACUCCUCAUACCUGUCAGAAUCCGAUGAUUAGGUACACGAAGGAGUUUUUGUGCUACACAAUAAUGAUUCAAUUAAUUAUUAUUUUGAAUUAUCAUCCCGUUGAAAUAAAUCUUUA